AUGGCACGUUCCAUCUAUAACACCAAACCAUUACACAGGAAACUACUUCUCCUCAACAUAUCCUUCAUUUUCCUCGUCUGUCUCUUCCUCAAUGCCUAUCUCCACCCUCCCAGUUCCGAUGUUGAUGCCUCCACAAAUGUGUUCAACCAUGCCAGAAUGCUCAGCGACAUCAGUGUUGAUGGUUGCUCUGAUCUUCACAAGUACUUGGAUAAUGACUCCAAGUGCUUAUAUGUUAAAUCCCAUGCUCAGUGCAGGUCAAAAGGGUAUAUAAAUUAUCUGCAGAUCUUUUACUGCAGCUUUGGACAUUCCCCAUUUUUGGGUCAUGCCCUGCUUAUACUGUGGCUUGUGAUUUUGUUUUAUCUUUUGGGAGAUACAGCUUCAAAUUACUUUUGUAGUAACCUGGAAGGUCUGUCUAAUAUCUUGAGACUAUCCCCCACCAUAGCUGGGGUAACCUUGCUUUCUCUCGGAAAUGGUGCCCCGGAUUUUUUUGCCAGUGUUGUUUCUUUCACAAGAUCCAAUGACGGUGCAGUUGGCCUGAAUAGCAUUCUGGGAGGGGCGUUUUUUGUGUCCAGUGCUGUCUUGGGGAUCAUAAGUUUUCUUGUUAGUGCAAAUGAAACUGCAAUUGACAAGGCCAGUUUCAUUAGAGAUGUCAUUUUCUUCCUUUUCUCACUUUUCAUUCUCCUUGUCAUCAUUUCUAUCGGGAAAAUCAGCUUGUUGGGUUCAAUUUUUUAUGUUUCCAUUUACUUCCUGUAUGUGUGUGCUGUGUCUGCAACACAUUUCAUCUAUGGAGGGGACAGGACAGAAGGGGAACUUGGCUCAUCUUCUGAUGACUUGACUGAGUCAGGCGUGCCCUUGCUAGGCUGUGUUGAUGAUGAGAAACCAAAUGGAUCAAACAAAGAGGUAAUGGAAGAUCAAGGGGAGAAGCAUCAUCAGGGUUUUGGUAAUAAUUCUUUUGACUUUACUUACUUGAGCAAGUUUCUACAUGUACUAGAGCUACCUCUUUGCUUGCCAAGAAGGCUUACUAUACCAGUUGUGAGUGAGGAAGGUUGGUCAAAGCCAUAUGCUGUUAUAUCUGUCACAUUGGCACCAGUGUUAUUUUCAGCUCUUUGUAACACCCAAAUGGAAAAUGAGAGUUCAAGGAGUAGUCUUGUUUCAUACUUGACAGCUGCUUUGAUUGGCAUUGUUUUGGGGAACAUGGCAUGUGUGACAACCAAGAGCACUAGUCCACCCAGAAAGUGCUUGUUUCCUUGGCUAGCUGGGGGCUUUUCCAUGAGUGUAACAUGGACUUACAUCAUUGCUGAGGAACUUGUUUCCCUCUUGGUUGCAAUUGGGAAUGUGAUAGGAGUUAGUCCUUCAAUCCUUGGACUAACUGUCCUAGCUUGGGGUAAUUCUCUAGGAGAUUUGAUAGCCAAUGGUGCAAUGGCCAAGAAUGGAGGAGCUGAUGGGGCCCAGAUAGCUGUCUCUGGUUGUUAUGCAGGCCCUAUGUUUAACAUUUUGAUGGGCUUGGGCUUACCUCUUCUACUCUCAGCAUGGUCUGAAUACCCAGAGUCUUAUGUGAUUCCCAAGGACCCUUCUCUUUUUGCAACACUUUUGUUCUUGAUGGGAGGGGUGCUUUGGGCCCUUGUGAUAUUGACAAAGAAGAAUAUGAAGCUUGAUAAGUCAUUGGGAAUUGGGCUCUUGACCAUUUACCUCUGCUUUUUGUUUAUAAGGAUGGUCAUUGCAAUUGGUGUUAUUAAAUUUUAA